AUGUCGCAGCCGAUCUGCAAGAAACUGCCCAUGAUGCUCAUCUCGCCGAAUGAAACGCCGGCCACGAGCCUCUCCGCGUCCGAGGGCCCACUCCGGAGGUCAGCUUCGGAGCCUUGUCAGACGAUACUUCCGAUCCGGCGCAAAUCCCUGGAAUUGGUGGCUCCACCGGCCAGGGAAGAGGGAAUUGAUCGAGAGGUGGAAAAAGUGCCGAUGAGUCUUGCGAGGAUUGUAGUGAACAUGCAAGAACAUUACACAGCGGAGUUGGAGGCUGAGAGACAAAGGACAGAAGACUUGGCGAGGCAGAACGAGGAGAUGAUGAGGAAGAUGGGGGAGAUGGAGAGGAGACUACAGAUGCAUGUUGUUCUCAUGGAUGGGUUUGUUGGGUUUAUGAGGGAUGUGAAGGAGGGAAAGUUCGCAACUGGUGGAGGUGCUGAACUUGAGAUUGCAAAGUCCUUUGGGGGAGAGCAUCUGGAUGAGAUCAGAGGGCUUGUAGCAGAGAGUUACAUGCCGGUUCAACAGAGCGUGGAGCAGCCAGCCACUGAGCAUACGGACUUUGGUGAUCAAGAUGAGCUUCACGAAACAUCGGCGGUCGUUCGGCACGUGAGCUUUGACGAAUCGCCACCAACGCUAGACCUGGAAGCACUUCCUGUACGAAGCACUGGACGACGAGCACCAAAGCGCAAGAACCCUCCUUUGAGACCACAUCGUGAGGUGAAGCGAAAAACAAGGGCGAAUCUGCGGAGUGUUCGACUUCGCAACACUUCAUCGUGGAAUGUCAUCAAUACCAGGAAUUCUCCGUAUGCAGGUGCUGACUUGAGCAAUGGAGAGGACAAGGACCUUGACUUCACUCCUGAUCUCGAGGUUGACGACGGUGACGAAGAGGAAGAUGAAGAGCAGGAGGAGGUGGUGGAGGAUGAUAGCAACGAUGAGAUGGAGGACAUACCAAAUGCCCCAGCAACACCGUCACCUUCGCUCUUAGACAAAGAUCUCGAAACCACAAAGACACGAUACUCCACCCCUCGCUCCGUCACAUAUCGGUACGCAAGCGGUCCACCCGGUCGCAAGUUCAAAUACCACCGCAUGCCCAAGUCUGUCGCAUUAGUAUGGCAAGAGUGGAAGCACGGCAGUAACGGAAAUCCAUCGAUCCAAUCACUCGAAGAAAAAUACAGCACAAGAUGGCGAAUGGGGACGUUACAGGAGCGCAAGUAUGCGAGCAAUUACGUCAGUGUGAGGCAGAAGGUUGUGAGAAAGGUGGAGGAAAUGUGUGAGCAGAAGGGAUUGACGCCGGAAAACGCUUGUGAGAUUUUGGAUAGACGUGUUGAUGGGAGGAUGCAAUUACUCAUGACGGCGUUGAGAAAGGGGCAGGAUCCGUUGGUCGUUGUUCCAAGGAGGUAG